AUGAUAUCAAUUAGUCCUACGACCAUUCAACCGCCGCCAACGGCACUGCUGUGCCUGGAAGUGGGCUUCAAGCCGUCGUAUCGUGCACCUGUCUUUGAAACUACAAUAACAACUGAAACACUAAUGUCACGAUCCGAUAGCAGUCGUCAAAAUCAGGAUCAUAAUUCUAGUUUUAAUCUAAUACAGUCUCAACAACGUAUAGCAACAUUCAGCAGUGAUGAAACAGUUCAAUUACAAGUGAACGGACAACUGAAUGAUAAUUAUGGUGAUGAUGAUGCAAGACAAGACCCAGAUGAUGAUACGUUAUUAACUACAGGAAUUUUUUAUCAAUAG